AUGUUGUUCUGUCCUAAUUGUUCAAAUCUUCUCCUGAUCGAGAACGAAGGAGGACAGAUGUUCUUCUGUCAAUCAUGCCCAUACCAAUAUGCAAUUCAGAGUAGACACACAACACGCAAACUUUUACAUAGAAAAGAGGUUGAUGAUGUUCUCGGAGGAGCAAAGGCAUGGGAGAAUGUCGACUCUACAGAAGUCACUUGUCCAAAGUGUGAACACACCAAGGCAUAUUUCAUGGUGAUCCAGAUUCGUUCAGCUGAUGAACCCUCGUCUAUUUUCUACAAGUGCUGUAACGACGAGUGUCAGCACCAGUGGCGUGAAGGAUAAGACCUAUAAAACCCUUCCUUUUCAUGUCAAUUUCUUUAUUUGCCCUAUUCAUUCGAUAUUACAUUCAUAUGUGUCACUUACACUUUUACAUCCUAUACAUAUAUAUGCCUUUAAUAAUACCUUAAAGGCUAAUUUAAAUGGGUUACCCGAAAUACAUUCUGUCAACUUUAACCAUAUAUACACACACACAUCCCGUAUUAUUAUUAAUAAUAUUAUUAUUUUUCU